AUGGAGAGCUCCGAGCGGGGGCAGCGCAGCGAGGAAGACCCGGAGUAUGAGGAUGAAGAGGUGGACCCGAGGAUACAGGGCGAGCUGGAGAAACUCAACCAGUCGACGGACGACAUCAACAGGUGUGAGACGGAGCUGGAGAGACAGAGCCGAGUGCUGGACCGUCCUCGGCCUCUGGACCGUUCUCGGCUCCGGGACCGUCCUCGGCUCCUGGACCGUCCUCGGCUCCUGGACCGUCCUCUGCUGCUGGUUCUUCCUCUGCUGCCGGUCGUUCCCCUGCUGCUGCACCUACAGGUCCACAAAGGAAGAGAGCGAGGAAGCGCACCACCCAGGACACCUCCGCCCAGGAGCUAUCGCGCUUGGAGCUGGAGCUGA